AUGCGUCUGAUGAAAAAACUGAACGCUGCAGACAAUAUACCCAUAGACAUUUUAAAACAGUAUAACAUCCCUCUAACGCCCAUAUGGUUUCGUGGAUCACAAACAAUCAAUUCUGAAGAUGUAGCAAAACGCUUCGUGGAGGCAAUUGUCGAAGUAGCUACAAACAUAAGUGGUCUACUUCAGACGAAUACACCAAUAAAAUUUACCGAUACUGAAGCUCAGAGAUUUCUCGAUAGCUGUCGUUUUACACCAAGUUGCCUGUCUGCAUUGACCACAGAUCUUGCCAAAGCUGGUCUUUCUAAUUUCCGAGAGACAGCCAAAGUGUUUUGCCCCGAAGACAUGCCAUUAGUGACCAAAAAAGGAGUUUUUCCCUAUUCUUUCGUCGACGACUGGUCAAAACUUGAGGUCACCAGUUUGCCAGCACGUGAACAGUUCUUUAAUUCACUCACAGGUGAACAUAUUAGCAUAAAAGAUUACGAACAUGCAUUACAAGUUUGGAAUCAUUUUAAAUGUAAAACCUUGGGGGAGUACAGUGAUAUUUACAUGAAAGUCGACAUAAUGGCUCUUACCGAUGUAUUUGAACAAUUUCGUAAUUUAUGUAUGGACACGUACAACUUGGAUGCAGUAUUCUACUUUACGAGCCCCGGAUUAAGUUUCGACGCUAUGUUAAAACAUAGCAUGGUGCAUUUGGAUCUUUUAAAUGACUAUGAAAUGGUACUGCUAAUAGAAAAUGGAAUCCGCGGUGGCCUCGUACAGGCCUGUACACGUUGGGCUAAAGCUAAUAAUCCUAAGACACCUGGUUACAAUCCUGACAAGCCGAACACAUGGUUAGUUUACCAAGACGCCACAAAUUUAUAUGGUUAUGCAAUGAGCCGUUUUAUGCCAUCUGGAAGCUUUCAGUGGUACACCGGAAGCGGGGAGGAAGCACUGAAGGGUUUGGACUCUAUGACGGAACAGUCUGAAACAGGUAUGAUUUUCGAAGUUGAUAUAGCUUAUCCGUCAACUCUACAUGAUGAACAUAACGAAUAUCCAUUCCUUCCUGAGCUUAAAUGUCCUCCAAAUUCAAAAACGAAAAAACUGUUGGCCACACUUGAGGAUAAAAAAAAAUACGUAAUUCAUUAUAUGAAUUUAAAACAAGCGAUUGCGAAUGGCUUAAAGGUUGAGAAGGUGCAUAGAGUUUUACAAUUUCAUCAAUCCCCUUGGCUCGCUUCUUAUAUAGAUCUUAACACUCAAAAACGUAAAUGUGCAACUAAUGAUUUUGAAAAAAACUUUUUCAAGUUGAUGAACAACGCUGUAUUUGGUAAAACGAUGGAAUCAAUGCGGAAGCGUAUUAAAAUUGAACUCGUGUCCAGCCCUCGAAGACUCCAAAAAUUAAUUAAUAAACCCACCUUUGAGCACUGUACUACAUACAGCGAGAAUCUUGCUGCUGUUUCCUUGGAGAACAAAAUAAUACAUUUUUGUAAGCCGAUAUACGUAGGUUUUGCAGUGCUGAAGCUAAGUAAAGUUUUAAUGUACGAAUAUCAUUACAAUGUUAUGCGAAAACACUUUAAAGAUGUUAUUGAAUUCGUUUAUGGUGAUACAGACUCACUUAUAUAUUUGAUCAAAACACAAGAUUUUUACGAGGAUGUCAGAAAAACACCAGAACUUCUAAGUCGGUUGGAUACAUCAAAUUUACCGAUUGAUCAUCCGUGUUACUCGGUAGAACGUAAAAAAGUUCCAGGGACAUUCACCGAUGAAUUAGCAGGUCUUACGAUGCAUGAAAUAAUUGCAUUGCGAUCGAAGUUGUAUGGGUUUAGCAAAGAAAACGUCUAUAAGUCUCUGGAAACAGAAUGGAGUAUUGAAGAAAAAAUAAAAGCUAAAGGUAUAAGAGCUUAUGUAACUAAAAAACAUAUGGUUCUCGAUGACUUAAAAAGAUGUCUUUUCGAUGACGACAGUGAGGAUGCAUAUAGAGAGAAUAUAUCUAUAAGGUCGUUCAAACAUAAAAUUUGUACCGUUAAAACAAUGAAAUUAGCACUAAACCGAAAUGAUGACAAGAGGAUUGUGCUUUGUGACAGGAUUCAUACUUUAGCAAUUGGUCAUUAUAAAAUCAAGUAA